UUGCUUUUUCCUUUUCCUCCAUGAAAUCAUGAAAUUAUUUUCUAGGGUUGUGUUUUUUCAAAGCUGAAUUAGAGUACCUCUCUUUUAAUUUUUCUGAAGAUUUAUCUCUCUUUCUUGAUUGUUAGUUCUAAAGUUAAUACUUUUACCUCUCCACAGAUGAUAUGUAUGUUAUUGGGUUAGCUCAGCCCCUCCACUAAUAUCAGAAUUUAUAUUGUUGUUGUCUUCCUUUGGUCUUUCAUUUUUGUCUGGAAAGUUGAAAGUAGUACUACUGCACUUUUUUCUUUCUUUCUAGCUUUUCAUCCCAUCAUCUGAUAAAGUAACUUGUUUCUUUUGUUGCUGUGGUAAUCCUGAACCUCUUGUUUUCUUCCUUUUGCUUACUUCCUCCAUAAAUCUCUGUCGGGAUUGGAGUGGUUAAAUCCAUGGGAGUUGAAGUUUCUGAUUCAAGGCCUAUCUUAGAGAGAAGAGGAAGACCUCAGAAGGAUCAAGCUUUGAAUUGUCCAAGGUGCAACUCAACAACCACUAAAUUCUGUUACUAUAACAAUUACAGUCUCUCUCAGCCAAGGUACUUCUGUAAGACUUGUAGAAGGUAUUGGACUGAAGGUGGGUCUUUGAGAAAUGUUCCAGUGGGUGGAGGCUCAAGGAAGAAUAACAAGAGAUCUUCAACUUCAUCAUCUUCGUCCCCGUCAACUUCCAAUUCAUCUAAGAAGCUUGCUCAUCAUGAUCUGGUGAUGACCCAACAAAGUGCUGAUUCUCAAAACCCUAAGAUCCACCAAGGUCAAGAUCUCAACCUAGCAUACCCACCAACAUCUGAUCAGGACUAUGAUCAUCAUAGCAUCUUUAACCCUAGCUCUUCUAGAAUUAGUACUUCAUCCCCUCAUAAUCUCUCGGCUAUGGAGCUCCUCAAGAGUACUGGGAUCAAUGCAUCAAGGGGAUUAAUGAACUCUUUCAUGGCUCCCAUAUCUGUAGCAGAUUCGAAUACUAUCACGAUGUUCUCUACUGGUAAUCAUGGGUUUCCAAAUUUGCAAGAAUUUAAGCCAAGGCUCAGUUUUUCUCUUGAUGGGUAUGAGAGUGGCUAUGGAAGUCUUCAAGGCGUUCAAGAUGGUACUAGUCAUCAUCAUGCAAGGCUCUUGUUUCCUACUGAUCAGGAUUUGAAGCAGAUUCCAAGCGGUACUACUAAUACUACUACAAGCACUGAAUUUGAGCAAAAUGGAGGGGAAGGAGACCAUUCUGGGGUGUAUUGGAAUGGAAUGUUAGGUGGAGGAUCAUGGUAAAAGAGAAACAUAAUGAUGAUCAAGAAGAAGAUGGUAUUUUGGUUUUUUUGAUUUUCACAUGGUGGGUUGGUUGGUUUGGAGUUUGAUAAGUUAAAUAACAAAUUAAUAUGGUACAUGGGAUUUCUUUCUUCCUCUCUUAUCAGUCUUUUUAGUACUUUAUUUUCCUAGGACCCUUUUCUCAAUUCUCACCGCUCUUCUUUUGAUGGAGAAAUUUAGUUUCUUCAUUUUUAUUUUGUGUUGCUUUAAGUACUAGCUUGUACUACUCUCUAAUGAUCAAUGUGCAUCGUUGAAGCUUAAUGUUUUUGUUGGCUUCAAAAGGUCAUGUGAUCAAGGGUGUGAAGGAAUGCUAUACGAAGAUUCAUGAGUACAAGAGGAGGCCAAGCAAAUCCCAUAUUCCUUUUUAGGGUUCGGCAGCAAGAAAGAGUGGUAAUUAGUUAAAUUAUGUACAAGAAUGACUCGUGUUAUAUAUUCAUUCCAGUUAACUCAUGGAACGAUUUGUGGUUUUAUUGUGUAUUAGCUAGAAUGUGAUGGAUUUAUCAAUUUGUUUGAGGCAAUUAA